AUGGGAAAUAUGGCAAUAUGCAAUGCAUUAGGAGGUGGAACAAUGGUUGGUGAUGUCAGCGAUUGUCAAGCUGUUGCUUACUUCAUGGCAACACAUGGUAUACCGUGUGCCAUGUUCAGGUCGUGUGCCUUCAUGACAAGGGACUCGAAUGAUAAUCCGAAGGCUCUUGUACAUGCAUCUCCCGAGGAAGCUAUGUAUUGUAUUGCAAAUCACCUCAGCAAGCAUUGCCAGGUUCAAACCCCAUUUCAACCUAGACCAGGGCCUACUAUACCCUCACCCAAUGAUGAUUUAACCAUCACAUUCCUCUUCUUCAACAUACUAGAAAACAGUCCGAUUCCUCAAACUUGUGACUCGGAGAUAUUCAAUGCCUUGAAAGAUGCACCUUCUUGA